AUGGAACAAUUCAGAGCUCAGCUUGAGAACAUACCGGUACCUCAGAAAUCAUUCAGAGGCCAAACUAUUGUUGUCACCGGGUCAAAUACCGGUCUUGGUUUCGAGGCAGCUAAACACUUCACGCGCCUCGAAGCCGCUCAAGUUAUUCUGGCUGUGAGAUCCAAAACGAAGGGAGAUGGGGCCAAAGCCGCCAUCGAAUCGGCUACUGGCCGCAAUAAUGUUGUCGAAGUGUGGAGCCUGGAAGUGGAUAAGUUUGAUUCGAUUCAGGACUUUGCGCUUAAGUGCGAGGCUCUGGACCGGCUCGAUGUGGUUAUUGCCAACGCCGGCGUCCUGAGAACGGAGUAUGAGGGAACCGAAGGCUUCGAGACGACGAUCAAAGUCAAUGUCAUCGGGACGUUUCUGCUGGCCUUGAAUCUCUUCCCCAUUAUGAGAAGAUCAGGAGAGCUUACCGGCCAGACACCAGGGCUGGUGAUUACAAGUUCUGUGCGCCAUCACAACGCAAAAUUCACCGAACGGUUACAACCCGACAUUUUCAAGGCCCUCAAUUCAAAGGCAACGUCCAAUAUGAUGGAUCGCUACGAUGUAUCCAAGCUCUUAGAAGUAAUGUUGGUUGCGUCCAUUAACGAGGCGAUGAAGCAGGGCCCCAACGCAGGCAAGCCACUGAUCUUGAACAACGUGAACCCAGGGCUUUGUCACUCCGACCUCGACAGGGACCUAAAGGGCAUCAUAGGAUUCGUUUUUGGCACCGUUAAGAAGAUGAUAGCGCGCACAACAGAAGUCGGAGGCCGCACUCUCGUUCACGCUGCUGCAUCCGGCGAGGAAAGUAGUGGUCAGUACUUGAGUGAGUGUCGUGUAACAAAGCCCAGUGCCUUUGUGCGAAGCAAGGAGGGACAGGUUGUCUCAAAACGUCUGCACGCAGAAAUAAUGACGAUCCUGGACCAAAUUCAACCAGGAGUCACUAGUAAGCUCUAG